AUGAACGAACAACAUGGACGAUCCGCGGGACGUUCAAACUACCAAGCGAAACGGGAGCUCCGGGUCGUCGUUAUUGUCGGCCGGUUCCGCGGUGGCCAUGGAGAUUAAACGGAAGAAAAUACGACAGAGCACGUUGUUCCUGCAGACAGAGAACACCGACAUGCAGGAAAAGCUGGACUUUGAGAUGCGAAUGCGUGAGGGUGCGUACAAGCUGCUGCUGGCCUGCAGUAAGAGAGAGCAGGUUCUCAACGCCUCCAAGAACCUGCUGACCUGUAACGCCAGGAUCAGGGCUUAUCUCGCACAGCUGCAGAAGAAGAAAGAGGAGCAGCAGCACGGGAUUGGAGCAGUCAUGAGAUGUUCAGAUCCAGAUGAUCGUGUGCCCUGUAAUGGGACAAUUGCAAUGUCUGGGCUGCGCAUGCCUUUGAUGUGGAGGGAUUCAGCCUACUUCAACAACAGAGGGAGCUCCCGUCGGGUGGCCGUGUUCUGUCUGAUGCAGAUUGGCUCGGAGGUGUUUGACACAGAAAUGGUGGUGGUGGACAGAUCGGUCACUGAUAUCUGCUUUGAGGGAGUCACCGUCUUUAAAGAAGCAGUUCCUCAGUUUGAGCUGAGGGUGGAGCUGUGGAGCUGUGCCCUGGAGGAAGAGCUCACGAUGGCAAAUACGCCAAAGAAACUGGCCAAGAAGCUCCGCCACUCCUUUGGAAAGACGGCUGGGAAGAAGCUGAGCCCUCUGCUGGACAGUCCGGACCCUGACACUUUCCUGCAGCACAACCCCAUCCCCUUUGGAGCCAAGUACAACCUGCUGGCCCACACUUCACUGUGUCUGCCUGAGGCUGAAGGCAGCUUCCAGUCUCACUCCCUCAUUGUCCUCCAAGACGCUGAGUGGUCCUCUUGGCUUCCGCUUUAUGGCAACCUCUGCUGCCGGUUGGUGGCCCAGCCGGCCUGCAUGACACAGAGCAUGAUGACCGGCUACCUGAGCCAGAAGCAAACUGUGGAGGGGAUGUACCGCUGCUGCAGUCUUUACUGUGUGCUGAGUUCUGGCAUUUUGUCCUGCUAUUUCACCCCGGAAGAAAUUGAUGCUAAAGUGCAGCCUACUCUCAGCGUACCCGUCAACAAGGACACCCGGAUCCGCGUGAUGGAGAAAGAGUCAGCAGGCCAGAAAUCCAGGAGCCUGUCCAUCAUCAACCCGUCACCAGAGGGGUCUGAGAGCAUCGUCUUCACCACAGAGACCAGCCAGGAGCUGGAGGACUGGUUGGACGCCCUCCACCAGCACCUCUAUGAUCAGAGCCAGUGGCUGCAAUGCUGCAACCAGCUAAUGAAGAUUGAGGUCGCGUCACCGCGGAAGCCAUCACUCUUCCUCACCAAGCAGGCUGACUCUGUUUACAAUGACCUCAGUAUAAAUUCACCUGGCAAGUUUGAGAGCAUCACAGAUAUCAUCCACAACAAGAUAGAGGAGACAGACGGCCGCUUUCUGAUUGGUCAUGAAGAGGAGAAGGUAGCGCCUAAUUGGUCCUCCCUGUUUGAAGGGUCUCAUUCAGUGGUAGUGCAGAGGGGUAAUCUGUCCCAGAGCAAAACCUCCACCCCUUCUUCAAGCCCCAACACCAGCUCUACAUCCAUCGGCAACAAGAAGCGCCGUGCUCCACCCCCGCCCUCUGACAGAGAGCCUUAUGCUCCUCCCAGCCGCCCUGCCAGACCUCCCCUCCCCACCUCUCUUCAUCAUCAUCCUCCUCUUCCUCCCUCAUACCAGGAGAAGGAGAACACUUGCACUUCGCGCCCGGCCACAAGGUCCAAAACUGGCAGACCAUCUCUGGAUGCCAAAUUCUCUGCCAUCAUCCAGCAGCUCCAGCGGGGCAACGCUGGAGGAGCCGGAGCCCUCGGCCGUAAAAACGCUCCAUUGGGCGUCCUGGAUGUACAACCACAAAGUCAGCCUCAGCCUCCUCUCCAGCAGCCGGAGCACCAGAACCACAGCUCUGAGGCCGCAGGUGAACAUGCCUUCCUCAGACCAAGUCACGGUCCUGGUCCUGGUCCUGUUCCUGCAGCUAGGAGCAAACUGAGGAAGUCAUUCAGAGUGAGGAUGAACCUUAAAGACAAUAACUAACCCUAACCUACCACUAAUAUGAAUAUCUACAACGCAGUUACAACUUUUCAAAUGAGCUCGAAAGCCUUGAUUGAAUCCGAUAUCAAUACGGUAUAUAUUUUAAUGCUCCUAAAGAGCAAUAAUUGUAUAUUUGAUAUAGGUCAACAUUGAAAGGAUUAGUUCCAAUUUUGUGAAAUGUGUUUCAUGUCGCAAAUUGGAUGAAAAGAACAAUAUUACUCUCAUCUGUACACUAAAUAUGAAACUGUAGACACUUAGCUUAGCAUAAAGACUGGAAACGGGUAGCCUAGCUCUGUCCAAA